CUUGGAUUGGUUCCGGACUGCCGCUCCUUCUUCUGUUGUGUUUAAAAAUGUAUACCGCCACUGGCUGUGUAGGGGUGUGUGGGGUUAUUGCAGUCAGAUAUCGUAGCUACCCUCCGGCAGGUUGCAGUGACUGUGCUCAUGGGUUUGUCUUUAAGGACCCCGCACACUGUAGAGAUCCCGCACCCCUCAGGCCGAAGCGAAAGUGAAGCUGUGCUGGGAAUUACACGAGGUCACCAAAAUCUACGUAGUAGUAAUGACUAAAAAGAACAAUAAACUGCAUGAUGCUGUGCUUUUAAGAGGAAAUGCUGGGCCACUGGGCAGUGAGAAGAAGUGAUGUUUUUCACCUGCCACAGAGCAGAAUAGCUCUGCACCUUAAAACUGAAUGUAGAAUCAAUAUGGAGCUAACACUUAGUAGAUUUUUCGCUGGGAUUCAACUCUAACAGAGGCAAAGUACCUUCACCCAUGGCCAGUCUGGAAAGAAAUAACAAAAUCCUGCUGGAUUUGGUGCGACAGCCAGGUAACAACUUGUGCGCCGACUGUGGAGCUCCUGAGCCGGACUGGGCCUCCUACACUCUUGGCAUCUUUGUGUGCCUGAACUGCUCAGGGAUGCAUCGUAAUUUGCCCGCUGUCAGCAAAGUGAAAUCCAUACGUCUGGAUCUCUGGGAAGAUUCACUAGUAGAGUUCAUGCGGGAGAUGGGAAAUUCUGCAGCCAAAGCCAUUUUUGAGAAGUGUGUCCCUGCCUUUUUCUACCGUCCACAGCAAAAAGACUGCAUUGUUCUCAAGGAUCAAUGGAUCCGCGCAAAGUAUGAAAGAAGAGAAUUCACAGGAGAAAAGAACUGCUUUCAGCAAGUUUAUAGCUCAGAUUCAUUUGAGUCAACACUGUGGAAGAAAUGCAGGGACAACAAGCAGUUUCUUAAGAGGCUCUUUCUGCUGUCCCAGAAAGACUUCACCCUCAGAUACUUCAUUAAAGAGGAUUCCAAGGUUCCCAAAGCUGUCAUCAGUAUGAAGGAUCUGAAUGCAGUUUUCCAGACAGAGAAGGUCGGCCAUGCCCACGGUCUGCAGAUAUCCUACCUGCAGGACGAACGUACGAGGAAUCUGUUUGUGUACCACGAGAAGGGGCAGGUAAUUGUAUCUUUAUUCAAUGCUAUUCGGGCAACACGGUUGGCAUACCUCCAGAAGAAACAUCCCGCUCUUCGAGACAAUGAUUUAAUACCUCAGUUGACAAGACACUGCCUGAAGGAGGGAUACAUGGAGAAAACUGGGCCCACGCAACGGGAGCCGUUCAAGAAGAGGUGGUUCACACUGUGGUCAAUGGACAGAAAGCUUCUGUAUUUUAAAACCCCACUGGAUGCUACAGAGCUGGGUGCUGUCUUUAUCGGCACAGAGAGCCACAGCUACUCUGUUUCAGAGAGCAGCGGCAAGAGCUUGAGGGGAGGCCGGUGGCGCUGUGGCAUCACGCUGCAGACUCCAGACAGGCAGUUUGUGUUUAUGUGCGAGCAGGAGCAGGAGCAGAGGGAGUGGCUGGAGGCACUUAGAAAGGUCAUCUCUCAACCCAUGACCCCAGAGGACUACGCUAAUGAGGCCAACUUGAGAAGGGGGAAAUGACGGGGAACAGUUUUACCUGCUGGCGUGCAGAAGUUCAGGAUGCGAUAACGAGAAAAUAUCCUUUUAGGACAUAGCAGACUGAUAGCUCUGUCAGCUGUCAGUGGGGAUGAAAAACAAAACAAACAAAUGGAGACAAACUCUCCCUCUUACCGGCAGGACUGUUCAACACCACUGACACUCAACUCAACCCCGACACUUUGCACAGGCUGCAGCGUCUGUGAUUACAGUGUGACACUUUGGAGAAGUUGCUGUCACAGCCGAGACGUCGCUGCUUUGUAAGAUCCAAGCACAUCAGAAGCAGUAUUUCUUCAAUGUUUUGCAUUGUCCGUGCCACAGUGAAAACUGAUAAAAGAAUUCGCUUGCAUUACGUUAUGAAUACACUGAAACCAAAUAUUGUAUUUAUUAAAAACAGGGACUAUAGAUUUUACAUAAAAUGAGCUGUUCUUUGUAGUAAUUUUCUAUUUUUGUGUUUUCUUUGAUUAACUAAAAUUGCACAUUUUUGAAAAGAUUAAUCUUUCCCACACACAUGCAUUUUAACUGUGUAUAUAGUUUACACUGCAAAAUCUUCAU